AUGCCUGGUCGUCAAUUUAUAUAUACUAGUAAUGGUGAUUUCGAAGAAUCAAAAGAUGUUGAUACUGAAACAUUAGAGGAAAUUGCUACUGCAUGUAAAAGUGGUUCUGUACAUCAAUUAGAAGCAGUUUUGAAUUCACUCAAUCCAGAUAAACUCAGUGGUUAUUUAAAUGCACUGAUCUAUUUUUAUAAAGGUGCAGGCGAAAAAUAUUUAACUCCAUUGAUGAUUGCAUCGGUUCAUGGACAAGAUUCAAUUAUACGUUUGCUGUUGCAAAAUUAUUCAAAUGUUUGUUUAAUUGAAGCGCAAAAUUAUACUUCUUCUUAUGAUUUUGAUUAUGAUUACUAUGAUGAACAUUUCAAUAAACAGACAGCUUUGUGGCUUGCAGUGGAAAAUGAACAUUUAAACGUGGUUCAAACUCUGGUAUCACUUGGUAAAGCAAAUGUUAAUCAUAGAGCAGACUACUCCUAUCAUGAUACAAAUUGGACACCGUUGGGUAUAGCUUGUUGUAAGGGACAAUUAGAGAUGGUCAAGUAUCUCAUAGAGAAUGGUGCCGAUCUAUACAAUGCAGAUUCGAAUGACUCAACAUCUCUUAUGAUUGCAUGCAAAAAUGCGCAUUAUGAUAUUGUACAAUAUUUACUAAGUUUAGAAAAUAGCAAUAAUCAAUUUUUGAAUGCAACCAAUAACGAAGGUUCAACUGCAUUACAUAAAGCAGCAUGUGGGAGGACAUAUUUUUUAUUUACAGCAGAAUAUAGUAGAUCAUUAGAACCCGCUGGAUAUGUAGAUCGGACAUUAGAUAUUGUUAAAUUACUGCUCACAAAGUAUCAAGUAAAAAUUGUGAAAGAUAAUGAUGGAUAUACGCCAUUGACAAAAGCUGGUAUAAACAAUCAAGAAGAAUUAAUAAAAUAUUUUAUUAAUACUGAAAAUAAUUCCUGGUAUACACUUCCACAAGUUAUCGAUGAACUUGAACUUAUCGGAUCUUAUCAUAUGAUAUGGAGCUAUGGCGAUCGGGGUCUCGAAAAAGCUUAUCACUAUUUCUUAUGGGCAAUGAAAUUAAGAUAUGGAGAUUCACAGGUACCAAUUCUUAAAAAGAAUUUGCGACCUUCAGCUGAAGCUUAUGAACACUGUACAGAAUGUCAAACCAUUGAAGAGUUAACAUCGAUCAAAGGUGCUCGACAUCGCGUGAUUAUUGAAGCUCUUAUGAUAUGGGAACGAUUAGCUCUCUCAUCCUCAUUUUUAUAUGCACUUGAUCAUCAGGCUGAAGAAUAUAAUAAUAAUAGUAAAUAUCAAUGUGCUCUCCAAUUAUAUUUACAUGCAUAUCACCUCCGAAUUGAAACACAAAUUGAUUUAAAUAAAUGUAAAUCCUGUCUGUCGUGGUGUGUUGUAAUUAUGAGUAGAAUGAUCUCUGAUAACAGAACAGAACAAAUCCAAUUUAAUACAUUUCUAAAAGUAUUACAAGCAACUGAAAAUGAAUUUUUAAGAAAUAAAAAUCUACCAUCAACAUUAAAUGACAAGGAAAAGCAAAGAAAUUAUAUUUGGUCAUCAAAUGAAACAAUCCCUUACAUUAAAAAAUACAAAGCAGAUAAAUGUUUAUAUAUCAUACUCAAUCUUCUCUUUAUUGGAACAGAAAUUUUAAAAUGCAGUGAUGAAAAAGAAAAACAACAACGACAAAAAGUUCUUCUUCAACAAACUAAACAGUUGGUUGACUCUAAUUACCGUACAAUAGCCGAUAAUAAAACAUUAUUACACUUAUCUGCCAUGCAAAGUCACAACAGUGUCCGUAUUGGCAAUGUCACAACCUUUCCAUCUCUACCAGUAGUUCAAUUAUUACUCAACUGCCGAGCACCGAUUAAUGCAGUUGAUUAUUAUAAUAAUACACCAUUACAUCAGUUAGCUGCAAAUACAUAUCGACAUUUUGACUAUUACGAACCUGAAGAUUAUACCGAUGAAGAGAUGGAUGAUAUCGAAAUAAUCUUCAGAUUAUUUAUUGAUGCUGAUGCACAUCUCGAUGCUGUUACACAUCAAGGAAAAACACCAGAAGAUUAUGCCAAACACAUGCGACUUAAAAAUCUUUUCCAAAGAUAUCCAAUUGAACUCAAUCUAAAAUGUCUUUGUGCACGGAUGAUUCGAACAAGCAAGUUAAAUUACACGAAUCAUAUUUCUCAACAUUUACAAUCAUUUGUUCAACUACAUUGA